CCGCCCCGCCCCCGGGAGCUCGCGGCCCGCCCGGGAAAGAUGUGGGGUCAGGUCGGGCGUGCUGGCCCUUGGGAGCCGCGUCCUGGCCGCAGCAGCUGCCAGCCACGAACCAUCGGAGACGGAAAGAGACGUGGUAACUACACCAACACGCUCCGAGAGCUGACUCAGAUGCUACCCGUUCCUCUGCAUACCAGCUACAAAAAGCUGACCAAGAAGGAAAUCCUGUUGCGCGUCCUCCGCUACAUUGAGCAUCUGCAGGCGAGCAUCAGCACUGCCAGGACCUUGCUCCAGCUCCGGCAUGGGGAGAAAGAAGAAUUUGGAGCGGGCGCAUCCACAUGUGCGGAGAUGUCCGCCUGUCAGCGAGGGUGCGGAGACGGCACUCCGCCCGUCACCCCGCGGAGGAGGAGAGCCAAGCUCCUGAACGUUGGCAAGAAACCCCGCAAAGGAAAGCGAUCCCGCAGAUCAGAGCGGCGGGGGGCGAACAAGGAGAUGCGUCGGAGCCUGAGCCUGGCGGAAUCACCCUGGCAGCCUGGGCGGCGCACGGAGGUGGAUCUGCACGCGGCAGGCGAAGGGGCCGUGCUUUCUCCUGGUACGAAGCAGCUUCCGUUUCAGUUCAGCCGAAGGGACCCAGCGCUGGGGUCUCGCUGGCCCACAGGCAGCGCCUUCCUGGACAGGGCCGAAGGGGGCGUUCCCAGCUGUGCAGCAGAUUGGUGCGUAGGGUGUGACCGAGAAGAGAGCCAGGAGGAGGAUGACAUCUGCUCUACCUGCGAGGCUCAGCUGAGUUACCGGGAGCAGCGUCGGUGCGACGGGCCGGACCUUGCGUUGCUGGGGCAGGAACUGGUGCAGUAUUAUUCCUGCGGGGAGGAAGAGGAGGAUGGGCUGGAUGCUGGUCCUUGGCUCUCAACCCAGUCCCCUGUGUGUAGUUCCCAUGAGAGCUUGCUCUUGUGCUCUCCCGGGAGCGGAGGCCAAAUUGGGGCUUGUUGGGCCAGCAAGGAUCUGGGCUUGAGCCCCUCGCUAUUCUCCUCUCCUGGACGGCUGCUUCCCGGGCACGUUCUGCAGGGGGGGCCAGAGGAGCUGUCCCAAGGUUUGUUUGAGGACAUGUGUCUGAGCCCAGACUCGGCUGGUUCCUCUGACAGCCUGACUGGGACCCUGCUGAGAAAGACGCUUCCGGACACUCCGCUGAACGCCCGCAAUCUCUUCCAGUCCUCCUUCUCGCUGGACCAUUGCUACCUCUCCUACAGCGAGGCGAGUAAAACCGACUCCAGCCCCAGCUCGGGAGUGACGGAGUUCAUGGGGGUGUGGAGCGGGCAGCUCCUCCAGGAGGGUUCCAGCCCCGGACCGGCUCGCUCCGUGUCCUCCAGCGACGAGAACAGCGACAGCACCUGGAUCCCUUACAAGCGGACGAAGCCGCUGCCCGCUGCCGGCCGGAAGAGGAAGAAGGAGGAAGGCGGGCGGCAGCCGGAGGCCUCCAGCAGGUCCCGGUCCCCCUUGCAGCUGAAGAAGAAAUGCGUCAAUGGUUUCAUCAUGUUCUGCCGGCUGAACCGCAAGCAGUACAUCCGCGCCUGCCCGGGGAUGGCAUCCACCGCAGCCACCAGGGAGCUGGCACAGCUGUGGCGCACCAUGACGAAGCAGGAGCGGAGGCCGUACUGCGUCAAGGCCCGGCGGUUCAGCAGGCUGAACAACCGCAUCGUGAAGCAGGACUUCUCCAGCGGGGGAGAGGAGGAGGAGGAGAUGGAGGCUCCUAAGCCGUUUCAUCUGCUGCUGGCCGAGAAAUCCCUCGGCGCCCGGGACCUGGGACCGCCAGCCGCGCCCCGCUCGCUCCAUCACCCAGCCCUGGAGUCGGUGUGACGGACGGCAACACAGGGCCCCUCCCACCCGGCGUGCUGGGGCCCCCAUCCCCUCAUGUGGCAUCUCUCCUUUCCUUUGGAGACGCCUGCUGCUCCAUCGAAAUGAACAAGGGUGCUUGGAACGGGCACGGGCUACACCGUGCGUGUUGCCGUUGGGAGACCAGGCUGUGGGGUUUGUAGACCGGCCUCUUGUUUAGCUCUGGCAAGGAGAAAUUGUGUGUGGGUGUGGAGGGGCGGCUCAUGUUUUUAAUUAAAAUCCUAUUUAUUCUGAUAGUUUUCCGCCAUAACUACACACCGCUGUGCCAGUCAGAGAGCACCGACCCCGGGCUGGCCGUAGAUCAGUUCCAAACUGCCCUGUCCAACCAGCUAAGGGAGGGUUGCUUGGGCACAGGGGUAGCCAUGGUUAAGUGAAGGAUUGGAGGAAACGCCCCCCCCCCAAAAAAAAAAAGAAAAAAAAGAAAAAGAAAACCAUCCUCCACCG